AUGCCGCGGUCGCUAGACGACCUCAACCUGGAUGAUCCGACCCUGAAUCAUCUCUUCCAGUUCGAUUUGACUACUUUGGGUUCCAUUUAUCCCCAAACGUUCCAUGCUCACCGGCCACCCGUUGUGACAGAUACAUCUAUGGCUCCUGCAUACCAACCUAGAUACAAUCCGUAUGAGGAAUCGUUGACGCCGCCUGGUGGACAUGUCGCGCCUACAGCCCUGCCCACCCAUCGCCGCCCGAAUCAGAACAUACAGUAUCAUACUGUCAGCGGCAAUGACCCUCGGGCCGUAGCUAUACCUUUUCACGACUCUGCGGAUCAUUUCAAUCGUACCGCCCUUCUUGUGGCUCCUCCGUUGCCAUGUCCCGAACAAAACCAGAACAACGCGCAGUAUUUUGCUCCUGGAGCCAUAAGCAAUGGUUUUGCCAACAGCAAAGCGCCCCGUAGUCCUAACCACGGACAUGAACAAGCUAACCCAGACAACGUCAUUCGAUGUGACUGGCCGGACUGCUCGUACCGUGGCACCUUCACGAAGAAGGGAUCAUUGAAGCGCCAUCGCGAUGAGCAGCAUACUUCCCCGCGCUCGUUCCCUUGCCUAUUAUGUGAAAAUGUCUAUUCCAGAAAGUCUCAUAUGGCCGACCACCAGCUGAAGGCCCACGGGAUACGGGCUUGA